GAAAGCCGUUCAAUUCAGUAAGGACAUUGAAAUUCAUUUGUUAAGAGGAACUAGUAUUUCAUGUGACCAUCAACAUAAGUUAUAUGAACGCCAACUUGUAGUUUAAUAGUCAGGAAAGACUACCAAUUGUCUUACUCCAAUCAAACAGCUCCUUACGAACAGCUAAAAUGGAUCGUCAGAACAAAAAAACUGUAGUCGCAUCUCAACCGAAGUCAGAGAAGCAAGACCAGCAGGAAGAGCUUGAUUACGACAGCGAGGAUGUAAUGAUAGAGUUUAUCAAGGUGGAAUGUGGCAGGAACCCUGAUGCAGAUCCAUUUAUCAGUAAUGUUGAUAUUGAAGAGGAUGAAAUAAUAAGUGACCAAGUUAUCCGGGAAGUGAAUGUGCGCUCAAAGAGGAAAAAAUUGUCGCAUAAAACAAAACACGACUGUGGUGAUACGACGGGUAGAAUUCGUAAAGUACCAUCAGCUAGAAAUCAAGCGAUAGUGUCAUCGUUUAAAUCUAAACCCGUUGAAACAUCAGAGCCGGCAACCACUUUCACCGAAGGAAAGGCAGCAGAACAAUCGGUUACAAGUUUAAUCGCUAAGACAGAAGAAAGGCUUACCAGUAUAGAAUUUAGUCUAGUAGAAAUAAGUGGCAAAUUAGAUGUACUUGGUGACCAACUCCAAUCCUUACUGGAAAGCGUUACUACGCCAUCAGAAAAGAAACGCACAAUUAUUGACAUAGGGUUUGACAAAAUCGACAAUUUAGAACAGAUGGAAACAUUCAACGAAGACCUUUCCCAGCCAGAAUAUAAAGAGAAGAUAUUGCAAUGGCUAGAGGGCAAUAUAAUUGAGGAAAGAAGCGAAUACCGAAUGACCGAUGCGUUGGAUAUGUUGUUCACGCGAAGAUUUUUAACUUUAUGUAGCUGGACCGGCAUCGGUAAAGGCUCGCAAAAGAUAGCAAUGAUGCAGAUGACUAACGUCACGAAACUGUUCCAACGCAUUGGAACGACACUAACUGCCAUAGUUAAUCAAAAACGAGUAGCAGUUUUCUUCAUGAAAAAACUAAAAAAUGCUUCUAAGCGAGCUGUGAUGAAAGGUAUUCGUACCAAUUCAUCUCCACCGGCAACAUCCUCAAAUUUGGAGUGUAAAAUAUUAGAACGAUGAAAGGGUUACAUUAGUCCUUACAAACGAAAUAAAACUAUCUUGAGAAAAACUGAAAAUGAUCAAAGAAUUGAUUUAAUUAAUUAAUAGCAUCCAUUCUAUCCUUUUGCAUUUCUCAAUCUAUCUAUCUCAUCU